GGACACUUACCAGAAAGAGAAUUUUAGCAGUUUUUGAACUAAUGUUGAAAGCUUUGUGGAGGGAAUGCUAGGUGUCCUCUUGGUGGGAGGAGCGGAUGGGCCAGGUCAGGGACAGAGAGGUUUGUGAAGGCUCUGGAAAACAGUCACUGCCCAAGAGCCCUGACUCGGGAAACUUUGCAGAGAAAGACCUCAGCACUUCCAGACCAUGUUAAAAACAAAGUUGAAUGUUCUCACUCUCCGGAAGGAACCUCUCCCGACUGUGAUCUUCCAUGAACCAGAAGCUAUUGAGCUGUGCACCACAACCCCGCUCAUGAAGACUCGGGCUCACACUGGAUGCAAGGUGACGUAUUUGGGCAAGGUUUCCACCACAGGGAUGCAGUUUUUGUCAGGCUGCACAGAGAAGCCAGUCAUCGAGCUGUGGAAGAAGCACACGCUCGCCAGGGAGGAUGUUUACCCAGCAAACGCCCUGCUGGAAAUUCGCCCUUUCCAAGUCUGGCUGCACCACCUGGACCUCAAAGGCGAGGCGACAGUCCACAUGGAUACCUUUCAGGUCGCACGCAUCGCCUACUGCACUGCUGACCACCACGUCAGCCCAAACAUCUUUGCUUGGGUGUACAGGGAGAUCAACGACGACUUGUCCUACCAGAUGGACUGCCACGCAGUAGAGUGCGAGAGCAAGCUGGAGGCCAAGAAGCUGGCCCAUGCCAUGAUGGAGGCCUUUAAGAAGACUUUUCACAGCAUGAAAAGCGAUGGCCGGAUUCACAGGAAUAGCUCCUCAGAAGAAGUGUCUCACGAAUUGGAGUCUGACGAUGGCUGACUGAACAUGUUCACGGCUCAGCAAAGGCAGAAAGGGCCAAGGGAAUGAGAGCUGAUAGGUGACUACACAACAGUUGAAAUUGGGAAAUGAAAAGACUGCCAAACACUCGGCUGACCAUUUUUUUAAAAUCAAAAGGGCAAUUCAGUACCUAAAGAUAUGCAUCGUUACAGUAAUUGCAUUACCUUGAAAUCUGCUGCUGUUUUAAAUAUGAGAAAAAAGCUUCUUUUUCCCCCAGUCUCUCACCCAUCACUGACCCUUUCUUGUCUCUCUAGGUCAGGUGCAUACUUCCAAGUAGAUUCAUUCCUGCUUGUCUUAUAAAAGCAGUCAGGUGAUUUUUAUUAGAUGCUGCUCUGGCAUUCAUAGCUAGGAGCUGAUGCUGAUACAGAAGAGCAGGUAGGACAGGAAAGCCCUGAUGAGUCCAGGAGAACCGUUCAGCACGAUGCACCGCAAAACCCUUCGAGCCCAUGUAGGCUAAAACAGCCAUACGCAGCCUUUUAGACUAAUGGCCUGGCAUUCUGCAGUUAAUUCACAUUUCACAGAUUUAAAAAAAAAAAAAAAGAAAAAGAAAAAAAGAAAAAAAAUGCUUGUAUUUACCCAUUAUAUCAUAUGCUAUCCUUUAUUUUAUUCAUUAUAUCUUUCCUUAAUGUAUCUGCAGCCGCGUCUUUCACCCAGCAGCAGUAGGUGCAGUUUCAGACUAUGUACUGCAGGAUACCAAAAAGUGCUGGGAGACAAACGCCGCGGGGACUGGGCGAGCAGCACCGGUACCUGCGCGUUCUGAAACGCCCAUCUGCUCCGUAGCGAGUGGGCCCAGCGGUAAGAACUGAGCGGUCUCGUUCAGACCCUCGCCCCUGUCAGUAUUUGAGCUGUGAUUUUUGCAUCGACCUCAGGUUUGAAGUGGCGUGAGCGUGGCAGCCUCCGCGCUGGCGGCGCCUGGCCCGGGCAGGGGCUGCCAGAGCUGCACUGCUGUAAAGAAAAAGAGAAAAAAAGUAAAAAAGAGAGAGAGGAAAAAAAAGAGAAAAGCUCCUUUGGAGACAGGUUUGACAGUUUGCUCUGGUGGAGAAGCUCUUGUUAAGCUCCCCAUACCCUCCCUUGUUUGCAGAUACAGAGUCCUGCUUUUCAUAAAUGUGGAUGUUUAAUACAACUCAAAACUUGUUUCACUUGAUAUUUUUUGAAGCCAAGAGCAGAUCAGUAGUUUGCAGUUAAUGCUGCUCUUUUAUACGAUUUUGUUCUUAAUCAUGGUAGCGUUAGGGGCACGAGGGCACCUUACAGAAGCCUUAAAAGAAAGCUAAUUGAAGCAGAUAGCUCUGUGUCUGUGUUCUGUGGGUGUACGUGUCUGUGUGAGAGUGUAUGUGUGAGUCCAGUGUUAAAACAUGUAGAAUAAGCAUGGAGACAUAUUGAGGAGGGCCCACGCCUCUUGAAAAUAUGCUUGUUGCUUUACAAUGUAUGCAAACUAUUCUUCAGCAUAAAUGCAUUCAUACUUUAAUAAAAAAUAAGUUUGAGUUAAAGUUUGGGAGUUUUAGGCUGUCUUUCCAAUGCAUCCCUAUGUGUUUUUGUUUAAUGUGUUUGAAUCUUCUGUUCCAUUGGCUUAGCGGCAUGAAAAUGUAAAUUUAUUUCCAGUUACUAUUACAUCAGUCUCCAUGAGAAUUACUUUUAAUAAUUUUAAAUGAUUUUCUAUUAAAUAUUGAGAUGAGGUGAUUGCUAAGAGAUUUUUUUAAAAACUUUUUUUUUGUGUGUGGACGCAAUUUGUAAUUUCUGUGUUGUGGGAGGUGCCAGAGAUUUAUUUAUUUUCUCUCCUCCGAGGAAUGAGUUUCAAUGAGCCCUGUUGAAUAGGAACAGUCUCUUGCCUUGGCUGUAUUAAUCACAGCUGGUUCAGGUCUGUCAUUAGC